ACCCCAGGUGGCAACACGAGCUCCUGGCACAUUGCGCCGGCUAUUUUUACAUAUAGAACAGCGAUUUGUUAUUAUUAUUUUAAACCGUUUUUCGCCAAUACUCAGUUGUUACCAAUGGCCGUAUCAUGCUUAGACUUCCUCGGCUUUCAGGAGGCCCUGAAGAAAAUGCGAGAUGUUGACGACAAAAUUAUUUAUGCUCUAAAUGCCUUGCCAACAGAGUCGUUCAAGGGUCAGGUGAACAGCGAGAGCACGUGCCGGGAUCUAUACUCCAAGCUUCAGAAGUCUCACCUCUCCCGGCAAGAUAACAUACGCAGUUGCAUAACCCUGUCGGCAAACAAUCUGAAGCAGCUCCGCGAGCAAAGGCAAGCCAAUCCGGAUGACAUAGACACGGACAGCAAAUUUAAGGCUGAACAGCGGAAAUUGCGGGUUCUCCAAGCCGAGCUCAACGUGGAGGAUAUCAUUAAAGAGCGCACCUAUAAGGCGUUCAACGAGCGCUGCAGGACAUACUUCCAUGCAGGACAAUAGGUACUUCUUUUGAGUACUGUCUGGUGCAAUGAUCACAGUCUAGUUUUAAGUGGAAUUUUUAGUGGUUAGCAAAAGGAACUGCCCAGCCAGAAGGCAUUUACUAGAACCUGUGGUUUUUAUUUUGAAAAAGAGAGUACAUGAAGACUAUAUAAAAAAAAAACUAUAUACUUUGUAUUCUUAACUUAACCGCUUCUAAAUUUUAUUUAUUGCUACUUUUUGCAAAAAAAUAAAAUUGGGGAAUAAAUUCAUAAUUUCCAAUCCUCGACGGUAAUCAAGAAGGAACACUUAUAGCUUGUAUAUCAUCGAUCGUUUAGUUUUCGAAAUUUCAACGUCAUUUUCUUAUGCUUUUAUAAACGAAAAACUGCAUAAUAUGGAA